GGAGGACCUCGCUCCCGGAACCCCCCGCUCCGCUCGUCCCAGCGGGCGCGGAGACGUACACCUGCCCCGGCAGCCGGGAACCGAGGGCGGGUGGGGAGGCCUCGGCUCCUCUGCUGGGCGGCACUGACCAUGGCGCUGGCCGCCGCCGCCGCCGCCGCCGCCGCCGGGGUGAGCCAGGCGGCGGUGCUGGGCUUCCUGCAGGAGCACGGCGGCCAGGUGCGCAACUCGGAUCUGCUGAGCCGCUUCAAGCCCCUGCUGGAUGCGGGCGACCCACACGGCCGCGCCGCCCGCAGGGACCGCUUCAAGCAGUUUGUCAACGACGUGGCGGUGGUGAAGGAGCUCGACGGCGUCAAGUUCGUGGUGCUGAAGAAGAAGCUGCGGCCCCGGGAGGCACCAGAGCCCCUGCCCUCGUGCGUCCCCGGCACGCCCGGGGCACCGGCGCUGCCGUCGAAGAUCGCCUCCGUCUCACCGGGAGAACCGGCCGGCCCGGGGGCUCCAUCCCUGGCCGCGGCGCUGCAGCCGGUGGAACCACGGGAGGACCCGGCCCGGCCGUUGGAGCCACAGGACACGCCCGGGGCUCCGGCCUCUGAGCCCACUCAGCCGACCGGGGAGCUGUUGUCAGGUACGGCCCUGCAGUCAGGGGGGCCCUCCGACCCCCAGAUUCCAGCCUUUGAGCUAGCCCUGCCCCCGGAGCGACUCUCGGCAGACGUGGCCCCGCCGUCCAGGUCACCGUCGGUGGAGGCCUUGCCCGAGGCAGGGGCGCCAGCCCCGGAACCUGGACGUGGGGCGACCAAAGAAGCGCCUCCACCCCCUCGGCACUCGCCGCCGCCGAAGCCCUGCAUGCUGCCCGUGCGCUGCGUCCCGGGCCCCGCCGCGCUCCGCCUCCGGGCCGAGGAGCAGGGCCUGCGCCGGCAGCUGUCGGAAGAGCCCAGCCCGCGGAGCUCCCCGCUGAUGCUGCGGCGGCUGUCGGUGGAAGAGUCUGGCCUGGGCCUCAGCCUGGGCCCGGGCCGCUCCCCGCACCUGAGGCGCCUGUCGCGCGCAGGCCCGCGCCUGCUGAGUCCGGACGCGGAGGAAGUGCCCGCCGCGCCGCCGCCGUCCGUCGUGCCCCUGGAGCCGACCGAGCACGAGUGGCUGGUGCGGGCGGCUGGGGGCUGUUGGACGCACCAGCUGCACGGGCUGCUGCUGCGCGACAGCGGCCUGGCGGCCAAGCGCGACUUCAUAUCUGGCUUCACGGCCCUGCACUGGGCCGCCAAGAGCGGCGACCGCGAGAUGGCGCUGCAGCUGGUGGAGGUCGCGCGGCGCGGGGGCGCGCCGGUGGACGUGAAUGCGCGCUCGCAUGGCGGCUACACGCCGCUGCACCUGGCGGCUCUGCACGGCCACGAGGACGCCGCCGUGCAGCUGGUGGUGCGCCUGGGCGCGCAGGUGCACGUGCGUGACCACAGCGGGCGGCGCGCCUACCAGUACCUGCCGCCCAGCGCCUCGUACGCGCUCCGCCGCCUCCUCGGCGACCCCUGCCUUCGAGGCUCCACGGAGGCCGACGCCACCGGUGCUGGUGGGGGCACUUUUGCGGCCCGGCGCCCAGUGCAGGUGGCCGCCACCAUCCUCAGUUCCACCACCAGCGCGUUCCUGGGUGUCCUGGCCGACGACCUGAUGCUCCAAGACUUGGCUCGAGGCAUGAGGAAGUCGGGCUCCUUUAGCAAGUUCCUGGGUGCCUCGCCCAUGGCUCCACGUAAAAAGACUAAGACCCGCAGUGGCCUGCCGGCUUUUUCAGAGAUCUCUCGUCGACCUACUCCGGGGUCCUUGGCUGGUCUGGCGCCCAGCCUGCCCCCUACAACCUGACGGCCCCUUUUGAAGCUCAGCUUGGUUGAUGUAACCCGGCCUGCCCCUCACAGUCUAAGCCUGCCCAAAACAGCGGUUCAACACCUCUGGCUCCAUCCUGUUUCCAGCUUUGUCCACUGAAGCCUGUUUUACCCCGGUGGGCCUACGCCUCUGGCUUCCUAGCUUCUGCCUGAAGCUUGACCUGUCUCUGGAGAUGGGAGUCAAGAUCUCAGUGAGAACGUCUAUAAAGAACUCCAGAAAUCAGGCUUGAACAUUGGAGACUCGAAUUUUAGGAUCAAAGUUAACCCGAAGCCUCUGCAUCUACACGCUCCCAAGCCAGAACUAGAGCAAGGAUCUCUUUAAACGUUGUGUGCUGCUGGAUUGUUUGUCAGCUUUAAGACACCUGGUGGUUUUGUAAUUUGAUGCUUUUAUCCUGUUUUUAAAUUAAAAUGAGGUAAAACAACUUUCAUAAUAAUCUUUUGAAAUUAUAUUUUUCCAUUUUUAGGCAAAAUGCUCAUUUUCAAUCUUUUGCUAAGUAUUUUGGAAUUCUAUUUAAAGAAAAAACAGAUCAAGAUCUAAAGGAAAUUAGUCCCAACCAACAAAACCCUUAAACGUUUAUCUACCUCAUUUUAGGAGCUCAAGGUUCUAGAGAGACUUGAACACAGAAUGUGACCAUUGUGAAUGUAAUUAAUUUCAAUUGUACUGUGACUGCUCAAUAUUAGGAAACAAGUGCAUCUUGGGAGUAAGAAUGAUUUAACAGUGAGAGAAAAGAGACAUUUUGGCAAAUACUUUUAAUUUCUGGUUGUCUUUAUGACAAAAUGUAAACAGUGUCUCCGGCACUGGUGGGUGAUUAUUUUGAUUUGGCAUGAAUAUUUAAUUUUUUAAGUGUGAUUUAUUUGUGAAUGCACCAUUGUGCCAUGUUUCUGAAUCUGGUUUUCCAGUCUGGCUGAGCCUUUCAAUGCAGUAGGUGAAUAUUCAGAGAAAAACAUGUCAUAGCAUUAUACCAGAAAAAUAACUGGUUAAGUGGAUACACUUAAACAGCAACUAUUUUAUAUGUAAAUUCUAUUCUAUAGAAACAAAAAGUAUGUUAUAUCCACCUUUAAAAGCCAUCUGAAAGGAAACAACUUACAGCAAAUGCAGAAUUCUUUGCUCAGUGACCUUAGAAGGAUGGCUUAACUUCUCUGGACCUUUGUUCCUAUCUGUAAUUGAGAAGGUUUGUAGCUAUUUACCAAGAGGUCCCAGGUUCAACAUAUUGUAAUUAUAAUGACUCUUUUUCUGUUUUAAAAAUGGGGACCCUAUUUGCUCAACCAGCCUUUUUAAAAUACCUAUUGUGUUAAUGCUCUGUUUUUGCAAAUUAUGUUUGCAUGUCAUUAGUUAUAUCAAAUAGUUUUGUGGCACAAGAGGAGUGUGGCUUCUCCCCCCUCUCUCUAUAUCAGUGAGGCCUCUGACAUUAUUUAAGGCCAUCCUUAAUGGAAUGUUUUGAUUUAAGCAAUGAAAUAAACAAGUCUCCCAUUUU